UACUUUGAAAGUUGAUUUGGGGUGCACAAAGAGUUGUCCCGCGGAUGUAACCAACAUGUUGAAACAACUGAAAGGAGUGAAAUCUAUUUCCAUUGAUCCAAAUCAAGGGAAGGUAAUAGUCGUUGGUAAUGUAAAUCCCAUGAUACUAAUCAAACUUCUUCAAAAGAUGGGUAAAAAAGUACAACUUUGUUCUUUUGACAAAAGAGCCAAAGAAAAAGUUAGUUCCCAUCACAAACAAAACCAUCAUUCUCAAUGUUGUCAUGAGAGUAGUGACAACGAGGAUGUGUCUGAAACCGUUCGAUAUGAUGAUCAUAAACAUAAGACACAUCACCAUCACCAUGAAAGGAGCAAGACAAAACAUGACCAUCAUAACAUGUUUGGUUUUGAUAAUCAACAUCAACAUCAACAUGUACCACAACCUCAACCAUCGGUUACUGGAUAUCAUCAACCAAUGUCAGGGUCCAAUUACCAACAACAAUUCUCAGGAUAUGAUAACCAUCAUCCAACAAUGCCUUGGCACCAACCUCAACAUAUGGCAUAUGCAAGACCACCAUCAAUGUAUCCAAUAUCAAGGCCUCUCUAUGGUUACCAUGGACAUGGUCAGCCUACAUGGCCCACUUAUGGCUCAAGGCUGCCAAGAUAUAAUCCCAUGAUCCACUACAAUAGUUAUGCAGACAAUUAUCGCUACACUAUGUACAUUUAGAUUAAUUAUAUGUCAAAACUAGUUGUUACAACUUUUUUGUAUUACUAUGGUUUACUUUUA